UCUUCUGUUCUUCCCAAAUCAGCAGAGCAAAACGCCAUUUCCGAAGCUUUUUUACACAAAACCCUAAAAGGGGCUUUCAUGGUUUUUUCACUUCUGCGUUCUCUGCAGAAACCGAGUUGAGCUUCGAAGAGCAACAAUGGAGGGCGAGAGAGCGAGAGAGAGUUAUACUCUGGUGGUGAGAAGGCCCUGCUAUGGCCUCCCCACGGCUUGCCCCGAAUGCUUGCCUCUUUACUUGUACCUCCGAUUCGCCAAUGUUCCUUUUCACUUGGAUUUCAAUCUUGUUUAUCCAGAUUCUGAUCAAAUUCCUUACAUUGAGUCUGGUGAUUAUGUGGCCUACAAUAAUGAGAAGGGUGGAGUCAUUGAGAGAAUUAAAAAUGAUGGAAUUAUUGAUUUGGAUAAUGAGCUCUACUCAGUUCCAGAUUGGAUAUCUACAAAGGCGAUGCUCACCUCCUGGCUUGCUGAUGCAAUUAAGUAUGAACUCUGGGUGGCAAGUGAUGGUAGUUCUGCUCAAAAGAUAUAUUGUUCUGAUCUCCCAUGGCCAAUAGGAAAGGUCCUCUUCUUGAAGCAAGCUUAUAAUGUAAAGCAGCAGCUUGGAAUUUGUAAAGACAAUGCUGAGCAAAAGGAAGAAGAGAUUUACAGGAAAGCAAGCAUUGCAUAUGGAGCUUUGUCAACUAAGCUAGGAGAUCAGAACUUUUUGUUUGAGAACAGGCCAUCAAGUUUGGACGCUAUCGUUCUGGGGCAGGCACUCAUCACUAUUCACGCAUUACCAGAGACUUCGGUGCUGCGGAGCAAACUCUUAGAACAUGAUAACCUUGUAAGAUAUGCUGAAAGGAUUAAGACAGAGUUUGUGGAUACUGGCCCUUCUAUUUCAGUCCCACAUUUACAUGCAGAGUCAUCAUCAUCAACAUCAAGAAAAGGUCAAAGUCAGAGGUCAAAGCCCAAAAGCAAACCCAAAAGAGAAAAAACCCAGGAAGAGAUAACUUUUAGAAGAAGAGCCAAAUACUUUCUGGCGACACAGCUGGUUGCAGUUUUGCUUUUCCUUACUCUUAUGGGAAGACCCGAGGAUGCCGAUAUUGAGCUUGAUGAUGAUGAUGAAGGCUUUAUGAAUGACUGAGAAGCAAUCACAUCAACUCUAUUGGCACUCUCAUUCCUGCAUGUUGUUUGAUUAAACCAGCCAAGGUUAGCGGCAGCCUGAUGAGUGUUGUUACUCCAUCUGUUUGUUAAUUUUUGUAACGCAAAUCAAAAUUUUGCAAAUUUUGAAAAUCUUAGGAAAUAAAAAGGUUCACAUGAAUUUGAUUUGUACAAUUCAUCAAGCUACAUUUUUGGUGGCUACAUUUUUGGUGGCUCAGAGAUGUUCUUAAUUCAUCAGAUUUUGAUGUACACUUCUUACAGUUUGUAUUUUCGUUGUCCGCAAAA